AUGCAAGUGUGUUGGAAUUCCAAGCAGGCCGCCAGCGCUGCCGGCGACGUGACGCCGUCGCCGCCCACGCAGUCGGCACCACUCCAAGAGGCCCGGCUGAUCCCCACCGCACUUGGUGUCAAUGACGACAAGGCGAGGAUGUACUUCGACGAGUUCGUCAGCUUAAUGCAAGCACCAUGGACGACCGCAUCCGCCGCUGCAUCCGUGGCUGGCUUGUGGGAGGUCACCCUGCCGCAGCUUGCCCACAGCAAAGAGACACUCCGACACGCUGCCAUAGCCAUAGGCGCAAUGUCCAUUUGGAACCGCCAGUCUAGACUGGACGGCGCAAGACGUCGUGCGCCUUCUGUGCCCACGCGCUGGGCCACUGGCGCGAUAAGAGAGGCAGCGUCAGCAGAUACCGGUACACACUACCUCGAGGGGGUGGGCUACUAUUGCCAGUCUCUCAAACUACAAAGCCACAGCGAGUCCAUCCAGGAUGCGGUGAUCCUCUCAGUCCUGCUGCUUACUUUCGAGACGCUGCGUGCAGAUCGGCAGGCUGCCUUACAUCACCUCAACCACGGCCUGGCGCUGCUCCUCACCAUCGCCACCGGUCGGGAAGGGUCCCGGCUGGUGGAUGCCCUGGCGCCAAACCCCAGGCCAAUUCUUGAAUCAGUAGCAGGAGUCUUCACGCAUCUAGUCCCCUCGGCCCGCUUCAUCCUUCACGGCCGGCUUGGCCAGUGUCGGCCUCUACCAAACUUCGCCGACGCGCUGAAGACUCAGAAGCAGACUCUUCACUCCUUCACAGAGCUCGUGAGCCGACUUCCUCGCUGUUCCGAUGCCGUCGAGAAUGUACCGACGGCCUUCAGUAGCCUUGACCAGUUUGAAGAGCACUGGGUCGCCGCCCGCCGCCGCCAGAGGACCAUGGAGGCGACCUUGGUUGAGACAGUGCAGGCUUCAGGCGUGCUCGACACUGUGGCAGACAUCAUGUCGGAGAACUUCUGGGUUGAUCUCAUGCAAGGCCCCAAGAUAUCCGAGCUGGUAGAAGAGACGCGCCGGCUGAUAGAGGCACUCGGGCCGGCGUUUGAGCCCCUCUUCAAUAGGAUCAUCAUGUCCAACGAGUACCUCGGCACCUACGUGUUUGGGAACCCUCAAGAAUACCUGGACAUUGAAUCUCUACAGUCAAAGGCACCACUAUUCCGGGAUUAUCUUUCCCUCGCGGACCUGGCGCUCCGCGCCGUCAACAGGGUCGAUGCCGAGGCGCCCGCUCACCAACUCUCGUUCCACUGCGACCUUUCAUGGAACCUGUUCGUCAUCUCGAUAUUCUGCCGGGACCCCCUGGUGCGGGAAGAGGCCCUGUGCAAGCUGCGGGACUACCCCGGCAUCGACGGGCUGUGGGACGCGCGCACCCUCUUCAGCCUGGCGAGGCGCAACCGCGACGUCGAGCUGGCGAACUCGGUCGAGGGAACGGCCCUGGAGCAGUGGAGGCGGUUGUGGCGUCGGGAGUACGCCAUCGAGGACGGUGGAUCCCGCGUCCUGCUUCGCUACCUCGAAAAAGAUGCCUCAACGGGCAUGUGGGAGCUCGUCGAAGAGUCUGCUGAGAUACCGACAGAUUCAGAUGACGUCCACUGGGAACGGCAGCCUUUGACAAAUGAUGGAAAGCUUCUCAUGGGAGACCUGGUUACAUUUUGA